CAUCAGGUUCUGACGUUUGAUCAGGCGGAGUUUUUGAGUUACAGAAUUUCAGUAGCAAUGAUUCCAUCGUCAACCAUUAAGAUUCGUUUAUUUUCACUUCUCAUCUAAAAGAAAUCCUUUAUCGUUGAUUUAUCAGCUGUUUUCUUCAAAACAAAUCAUGUGGAAAUCUAAUUUGCUUUGCGUUUUUUUAAUAACUCGUUUGAGCUCUGUUUUCGUCGUUCAAACUUGGUUUGUACCUGAUGAAUACUGGCAAAGUCUGGAAGUUUCCCACAGAUUAAGUUUUGGUUAUGGAUAUUUGACAUGGGAGUGGUUAGAAGGUAUAAGAUCAUUGAUUUAUCCCCUUUUUUUCUGCAUCCCCUACAAGCUUUUGGCAUACUUCAGCCUAGAUGAUCCAAAAGCCUUGAUCUAUGUUCCACGAAUCCUUCAAGCCUUAUUUAGUGCAUGGUCAGAGUGGAGUUUUAUCAAAGAAAUAGGAAAAUUAUGUGAUAAGUCUCAAGUAUCAUGGUUUGUAUUGCUGCAAUUGGGGAACUAUUUCUUGUAUUAUGUCACAUCUCGAACAUUAGCAAACACUUUGGAAAUGGGCUGCACUCUUUUAGGCAUUUCAUAUUUCCUCAAACAACAUACAGAUUCAUUUUUUUUAUUUGUCAUCAUCUCUUGUUACAUGAGACCAACCAGUGCUCCAAUUUGGCUACCUUUCAUGCUGUGCUUUUUACAGCAAAAGAAAACACAUAUUUUUACAAGGCACUACUUAAAGAUUUACAUGAAAUGCUUGGUUAUUCUAGCUGCUGUUUUUGGUUUUGAUUCAUGGUGGUAUGGUAAAGUAACUCUUGUGCCCCUGCAGUUUUUACUGUUCAAUAUAGUGAAUGACUUCUCCAAAUUUUAUGGAGAGCAUUCCUGGCAUUGGUAUUUUACAAAUGCUUUGCCUUCAUUAAUGGGCCCAUCCCUAAUCCCCUUAAUACUGUCAUUCAGUAGUAAAACGGCCUUAAGUUUUACUGAAAACAGAUUCCUCACGGUUCAACUAUCUGUUGUUCUUUAUAUUCUGUGCCACAGCCUUGUAGGACAUAAAGAGAUUCGAUUUUUAACGCCAAUAAUUCCUCUUCUCAAUCUGUUAGCAGCGCUUAAACUACCAAAUUUGAGGUGGCAGAGAAUUUUUCUUGUACUGUUCUGUGUUUGGAAUAUUCCAAUAAUGUUGUAUUUAAGCACGAGACAUCAACGUGGUGUUUUAGAUGCAACAGAUUUUCUCAGAUCGAUGAUUACUUCAGAAGAUAGGGUCUUAUUCUUAAUGCCAUGCCAUUCUACGCCGCUAUACAGUCAUUUACAUGUUAAGGCAGAACUGCAGUUCUUAACCUGUCCGCCCAAUUUAAAUCACCUAAAAAAUUAUGUGGACGAAGCCGACAAGUUUUAUGAUAAUCCAACUGAUUGGUUUAUCGACAAUCCGUCUUCAUCAUUCACUAAUUACUUAGUCUUCUUUGACGUUUUACUUGAUAGUAUUUCAGCACACUUGGGUUCCAAUGGCUUUCUCCUUAUCGGCAAUUUCUUCCACGCAGAUAUAGCCCAAGGACGUGUUGGACGUCGUGUACUUGUGUUUAAAAAGGGAUGAAUACAUUUUUUUCAUGUUA